AUGAAGAUCCGUUCAUCCCGCAUCUCGGUCUCAAUAGCAAAAGCUAUAGGCCAACGCCACGGCAAGUCAAAGAAAGGCAUCAUCAGAACCAUAAUCGCCUUCUUCCGCCUUUUUCGUCUCCUCCUUACACGCUAUCGCUCCAUCGACUUUCUCGCUCUGCGCAAAGAAGUCUGGCAGCUUAAUGAAGAUGAAUAUCAUGAGUCUUUUCAGACAGAAGGGGAGGUCAAUCCUGAGCUCAUACCCAUUGGUGAUCUAGGGUACAGUGGUUCUACGUUUUUCACGACGGCUAAUGAGAAGUAUCUCAUCAAGUCGCUCCCAAGACGCUUUGAGCAUGAUUUCUUCGUCAAGGAGUUGCUGGAUCCUUAUAUUGGGCACAUGAAGUUUCAACCGCACAGUUUACUCGUCAGGAUCACAGAUCUGGUGGUUUCGUCGCAGGCGAGUAUUGGUGGUAUGAUUGGUGCUGCGCCGACACAUCACAUUGUCAUGGAGAAUCUCCUCUACGGUAAACCAAAGGGCGAAGAAGGAAAGAAGUGGGAGACGUACGACCUCAAGCCCAACGAUUACUUCUUCCCUGAGCGAGACAUCGCAGACGGUGCUCUUGUGCCAAACAGCGUUAUAGACCGUCUCGUCGACGAAUUCCCCGACAAAGUCCGUGUAACACACCAAGCCAAACAAGAGCUUAUAUCACUACUCUUUGCAGACUCUGCACUCCUCGCCUCACGCAACGCAGUGGACUACUCUCUCUUCUUGGUACGAUACCCUCAAGGUAUGGAGGUUCCAGCUGUGGAAUCAGACGCAGGACGCUGGCGAAGGGGCGUUGAUGAUGUUGAUGGGAAGUGGACGUAUCGAUGUGUUGUGCUGGACUUUUUCUGGGCGAAGCAUGCUUUCCAGGCGAGGGCGUUGACGAAGAUUGUCAAGAUCUUUAACAAGGUUGCGCACAAGGGACCGAUGAGCAUCACGGCGGAUCCGGAGGAGUAUCGGGAGAGGUUUAUGAAGAUGGUGGACGAGAUGGUCGUUGAGGGCUAG